UUCAGUAGUGGUGCGGGAGGUUAGUGGUUGUGAGCAGUGGUGAUGCUAAAUUAUAUAAGUGGUGGUGGGGAUUAUGAUAGUGAAGGAUAGUCCUGAUAGUAGUGUCAGGGGGGGCAGCUGUAACGGUGACAUAGUGAAUAGGUAAUGAUGGUGAUAGUGGUGGCAAAGUGGUGGUGAAGAGAGUGAUGACAAUGAGGCAGUAUAGUGGCCAUGAUCACAUAAUAUACGUGAAUAUUAUAACAUUAUUAAAACGUAAUUUUAAUAAUAAUAAUAAUAAUUCAGUGUUUCGGGGGACAGGCAGCCAGUCUAUAUAUAUACAGUACACGUUAGGCUUAUAUAUCGUUGUCAGUAUCUGCAUAUAAGGGACAGUAUUCAUCUGUACAAUUCUUAAAACAUAUGUUCAGUGAUAAACAAAAUGACAUCGUGGCCACGCCGAUUCUAUAGAGCAAUUAAUAUUUUUAUAUCGAUUGCAUUUUCAGUUAUUCAGGUAUGAAGGUGCUAGAAAUGUCAGUAGUCAAAAGUAAGAAAGAAUACGGCUCCCUGAUACAAAUUUAAUAAUAAUAAUAAUAAUAAUAAUAAUAAUAAUAAUAAUAAUAAUAAUAAUAAUAAUAAUAUAAUAAUAAUAAUAAAAGAAACAAUAUAUUGAUGAGAACAUUGACGAGAGAGUGCCGUUCGGAAAGAACACAUCUAUGAAUACACUGAACAGUUUUCGAAGACAGUUGUCUCCAGACACCGCCGACGACGAACGUCAGCCAAUCAUGACUCCCGUAGACCAUCCAACGCGCCAAUCACGAGACGCCACCAGGAAUAACCAGUCACCAAAUGGAAUAGAAUUGUCGACCAAUUACAACACGAUUCAGGUUGCGCCGCCAUUGCCGACGGGGACGCUACAGGACCCCGGCGGAGGAUAUCUGGGUCCUGCAGCCUUACUCCAGGAACCCCCAGGACCCGCGUCAGACACCAGGAGCCCUACAACGGACCACGAAGGAGCUGUAACGGCCCCAAGACCUGGCACGGAUCCGGGCCGCUCCAGACAGGGCCCAGCAGCGCCGCCUCCACUCUCCUGGAGGCGGCGAGGCAGCAGCUACACACUCCAUCAGGGACCCGGGGUGUGUGGGUGGUGGGUGGAGGGGACGCCGCCCCGGGAGAGGGUGCUGGUGCUCACCAUCUCCGCCCUCACGCUGCUGGUGCUCACCCUCGCUACGGCUCUCCUGGCGCUCUCUCUAGAUGCGCGGAGGGGGUCUGACGUCAUCAACAACACCUGCCUGAGCGCCGAGUGUGUCAAGACAGCUGGUGAUAUCCUGAGGUCGCUGAACGAGGACGUCUCGCCGUGUGAGAACUUCGCGGAGUUCGCGUGCGGGGGCUGGCGCCGCGAGAACCCCAUCCCCGAGGGCAGGUUCCGCUGGGGAGUGUUUAACGUCCUGGACCAGCAGACUCUGCUUGACCUCAGGGGGAUGCUGGAGGAGGAGCCUGGCGCAGAUGAGCCCUUCCCCAUAACCGCCUCCAAGACCAUCUACCAGGCCUGUGUCAACGACUCCAUGUGGGAGAAGGUAGGCCUACGGCCUCUGCUGGACUUGCUGGGGAGGGAAGGAGGCCUACCCAUGCUGGAGCCCGAGUGGACAGGCGAGGGGUUCCAGGUGAUGAGGAGCCUGGCUGCCCUGCGGAGGAGGCUGGCCAGCCAGAGUCUUGUGAGCCUCACCGUGGGGCCGGACAGUCUCAAUACCUCCAUCUCCCUCAUAUACCUGAGUGAGGGCUUGCUGCCUCUCCGUCGCAGCUACCUCAUUCACGACGCCCCCAACGCCUCCUUCUCCUCGGUGGAGCACAAGGCCAGCCAGAUCACCUACAUGAGAAUGACGGGCGAGGAGCUCUUAAAGGAGGCGGGGAAGCUCGGUAACCGCACCCACCUCACCACUCUCUACAACGACAUCGACGACUUGUGGCAGUUCUACGUGCAGGUGGCUGAGAUCACUUCCUCGUCCCCGCUGCUGGAGGACCCUUGGGAGGUGUAUAACCCCAUCCCGGUCAAGGAGCUACAGGCUCUCACCGACGCCGUCAACUCCUCCUUCAAGGUGGAUUGGGUGUCGUACCUGACAGAGGUGUUCGAGGGCACUAACAUCACCAUCAGCAGGGAGGAGCUUGUCGUCGUGGACCGGCCCGAGUACUUCGUUAAGCUGGUGCGCCUUCUGCAGCACGUUCCUCCCAGAACGAUAGCCAACUACCUGCUGUUUCCGGUGGUGGUGGACAUGGGCGAGGAGACCACUGUCCGGUACCUGGCGAACCCUUCAGACGUGCCCUUCCGUCGCCCCUCCGUCAGGUCGCUUGGUCGCUCCAACUCCAGGCCUUGGCAAGACUGCAGUGAGAAGACGAGGAUGUUGGUGCCCCUGGCGGUGACCAGCCUCUACGUCAGACGCCGCAAGGAACACCCCAACGGGACUCAUGUGGAGCAGGCCAGGGAGAUCGUGGAGGACGUGUCAGCGGCCUUCAGGAACAUGUUGUCCUCAGCCUCGUGGAUGGACAACGAGACGCAGCAGGCGGCGCUGAAGAAGCUGGAUCACAUGCAGCACCUCGUGGCCUUCCCGGACCUGGUGUGGGACGACCACCUGCUGGAGGAGUACCACCUGGGAAUGCCCAAGGUUUCUGCGAGCGACCACUUCGGGAACAUGGCGUCCCUGGUAGCGUGGCACAGCCUCCGGUCCCUCCUGCACCUGCGGGAGCCUCCACCAGCCCAAGAGUGGCCCAGAGGACCCAUGGAGACGAAUGCAUUUUACAGCCCUCUGCACAACACUAUUGUGAUCCCCACGGCAGUGCUGCAGCCGCCCAUCUUCCACCUGGAGAACCUCAGGGGUCUCAACUAUGGCAGUCUCGGGUCAAUCAUCGGCCACGAGAUAACACACGGGUUUGAUAACAACGGUCGUCACCGGGACUGGAGCGGGGCGCUGAAGCACUGGUGGACCAACCAGACGCUGCAGCAGUAUGCCAACAGGACCAAUUGCUUCGUGGACCAGUACUCGGCCUACGACGCCGCCGACCUCCUGCCGCCUCACCACCGUCCCUCCAAAGGCAUGAAGAUUAACGGAGCACAGACCAAGGGUGAGAACGUGGCAGACAAUGACGGUCUGCGGGCGGCGUGGGCGGCCUACAGGACCCGCCUGCAGAAGGACUCUGAGCUGCUCAAGCUCCCGGGCUUGGAGCACUACACGCCAGAUCAACUGUUCUUUAUUGGCUUCGGCAAGGUGUGGUGCAGCAGACACUCGCUCUACGCGCUCAGGUUCCUGCUGGAGAUGGACGCCCACUCUCCGGCUGACUAUCGUAUCCUGGGGCCGCUCCACAACUCCCCAGAGUUCUCCGCCGCCUUCAACUGCGUCCCCGGCUCGCCCAUGAACCCCAGCAGGAAGUGUGUGUUAUGGUAACGCCACACUCAACACGAGAAUGACGAAUCACUUGCAGAACCAUCCCCGACCCUUCCCCAGCUUUACCUGCGGGGAGGGAGGGAGGGAGGGAAUCAGGAACGGCUUCGUCCGGAAGGAAGUUCGAGUGGUUCGCGAUCUAGUGGAUACAGACUCGUGGUUGCUAGGCCCAGAGCUCAAUCUUGCACAACUUCUUGCACGGUGACGUUAGUUACAUUGCUUUAGAUUAUAUAAAUUGCAUUCCACACUUCCGUGGAAAUAUACAUGUCAUUCGCCUCGACUGUAUGGGGUCUCGAACCCUGGACCUCAAGCCGAGUGGAUAGUGCUACGGCCUCACGCUCGUGAAGUCCAGGGUUCGAGACCCAUAUAGCCCCGGUGAAUGGAAUUGCUUUAGACUCUUCGCACUCACACUAGUUAGUUUCCUUCCCCCCCCCCCCCCUUCCUUGUACUAACUACUUGAGCUAGUUCAAUAUACCCGAUGCUUUAAGUUUAAAGCUUCGGUUCUGAGAAAUUAACUACGUUGAAGGUUCUGGCGUUGAUGAUCACAGUUACGUCAGCGGAGAACCAUCAAUGGACUCUACACAGUAUCUCACCUGGGCUAUAAUAUGUCUAGGUUGUUAGACCCACCGAUGCAAGUGAUCAGUUAAGGCUGACAAUGUUGGCUUGACGCAGAGGCAGCGUCGGUUGACUCCCACAUUACUGCUAACAUCCCGCUGCUUAAGUCAGAAACAAGAAAGGAAUAACACUUAAGUGGGCCAGGCAGAGGUUUAGGACCCGCGCCGCAAUAUUCCUACGAACAAAAAUUAUUAAAAUUUGUGUGGUUUACUGUCUUAAAUCUUAAUAAGAAUAGUUAUUAAUUUCGUUAUCUUCAUAAUAAAUGAAAUAAUUUUCUCUAACGAUAAUGUAUUAAACAGUUCAGUAACUAUAUAAAUGAAAUAUUAAUUUAUUUCUAUAGAAUUCAGCAGAUUUAUCUAUAAAAUAUUUUGUAUUCGUGAAAGAUGUUUUUCCUCUGUAUAAAUAUUAAAUUACUAUUAAA